AUGUUACACCAAUUGCGCGUACAACUAAGUGCCUCUCAAUUCUAUACUUCAAAGAUCCUCCGAAGCAUCAAGGACGGCCUGUGGAAUUCAAUGGCCAAAGAUGGCUACGAGGCAGAAUUCACUAGUAUGGAGAGUGCAGCAUAUGCGGCGGGUAUGAUAUUCGACAAUGACCCACCCCUAAUAGAAACCUGCAGAUUUAGUCUUUCUGCCGGACUCCUUGGGUUUGAAUCAGAGCCCAUAUUUGGUCUUUUCAAACCCCAGGCAUGUAUUUUCCACGAUGCCACAGAGACGUGGCGACGAGAUGGAUUUGAUGUCUCUAAUGAAAAUGUUUCGAGGAUCGUUCUUGCAACGGCUACCUGGACUUAUUACUUCUGGAAAUUAGUUGCAAUCUUCAAAGAAGCAUUGAGAGAAGGAUACGACGAAAAGAUUGUUGCAACAAAUUAUUCGGAGGUUCUUGAUACGAUACAAAAGUUCAAAAUCACAUUUCGUCCGCUUAUGGAUACUUGCGAACAACGCCUUCAAUUUCUUCCUUGGCGCCUAAAAUAUGGCUGGUAUAAUACCAUGCUUCGCUAUCAUCUCAGUGUACUCAAACUCUCAGAAGCAAUCGAAAGAAACAAGCGAACAGAUCUACUUCCAAACCUCAAGGCAGCAAGAUCAUAUUCUGAGCAAGGUGCCAUCAACGUCUUGAAAUUUGGUCUUCAUGCUAAGGCACCAGUCCGGCAAGGUUGCGAAAAGAUUGCAAGGACAAAAGCCGGCUCCAUAUCAAUGAAUCUUCCAGGGACAGCAUCAUUUAUUGCCAUAGACCCCUGGCCUGACAACAUUAUAGCUACAGUCCAGCUGGUUUCGAGAGCCAUAAAUGAAAGCCGGAAAAAUGGGUUAAUAGGUCCCGAUGCUUUCAAUAACCUCCGAGACACGUUGUUUCAAACAGUAGAGCAACUCCCCAGCAGCUCUAAACACACCUCUACAACUCGAAAUAGUCUGUACGGGUCGAUGUUUGACGAACCAGACAAAUCGAUAGAUCCUUCUUGCCCUACUCUUAACGUAUAUUCACAAGCUCCUACCAACACUACUAUAAACACGUAUGAUCAUGUUCCGACCCGAGUCCAAUACAACCAGGAGCAUAAUCAAAGAGAGUUAUACUGCGAUAAUCAUUUGUCGUCUUUUAACAUCACGGACAGAGGGAUGUACCAUGAUCUAGUUGCUGAGGUCAACAACAUUGGCUUCAGUCGCCUUAGCUAUCUGAUCUCAAGUAACGACAUUAAGGGAUAA